AUGGCUCGUGGCUCAACUGCUAUCAUGUCAAAUCUUGUGGCCAAUCCCUACCCCAAGGCGAAGGAGCAUGUCGCUCGCAUUUCUCUUUGCGAAGUCUGCGAUCGCCAGAUCCUUACUAAGGACUGGGCCAGUCACAAGAACUCUAGAAAGCACCGGGCGGCUGAAGCUAAAGAACGUGAAGAGGUAGAGAAGUUGAAGAAUCCCGGAGGUAGCUUCGGCGGCGACGCGACUGGCUUCGGCGACAGCAACGAAUUCGGCGGUGCUGGUCAGUUCGCAAAUGCCAACGAGUUCGGCGGUGCUGCUAAUUCUACCAACGAUGGCUGGGGCUCUGGUGGCGAUUUCGCUAAUACCAACACCGGUGGUGGCGAUCGGGCCUGUUACGGGUGCGGUCAAACUGGACAUCAGAAGCGCGACUGCCCAUCUGGUGGCGGUGGCGGUGGCGGCGGCGAUCGUGCCUGCUACGGCUGCGGUCAGACCGGUCACCAGAAGCGCGACUGUCCUCAGGGCACUGGUGGUCAAGCUUGCUUCAACUGCGGUGAGACCGGCCAUCGUAAGACCGACUGCACUCAGCCUCGAAAACCUAUGGCUGGUGGUGGCGGCCGGACUUGCCAUAACUGCGGAGAUGAGGGCCAUAUGUCACGUGAGUGCGACAAGCCUCGUGUGAUGAAGUGCCGCAAUUGCGAUGAGGAGGGUUACGCAUCGCGCGAGUGUCCAAAGCCUCGUGACUGGAGCCGAGUCAAGUGCCGUAACUGUAACAACUUCGGUCAUGGCGAGAAGCGAUGCCCGGAGCCUCCUGCUGAGAACACCGGCGGUGACUGGGGUGGUAUCGGGGAUUCGACAGCUGCAGCUGGAAGUUGGGGCGUUGCUCCUGUUGAGUCGACGGGCAAUUGGGCUGAUGAUACCACUGCGGCGGUCGAUGCCGACGUUACUUCUGCCUGGUGA